GUCUUGCGUUAUUCUUGGUUUUGAAUGUGAACCUCUUUCUAUGAAUGAAACCUGAAAACCAGAUUCAUAAACCCAAAGGAGAAUAGCUCUUUUUGUUAAAUAAGAUCGUCGAACAAUUAUAGAAACCGAGAAGACGCGUUAGAACGCUGAAAAUAAAUUCAAUUUCUAAAAUCCUAACUAAACCAAAUCAGUUAUUUGAUAAAUCAUUUGGCCAAUUCUAGGGGUACGGCCCCUGGUUAUGCUGGAUAUACGGUCAAAAAUGUCGGUAUUUUAUUUCUUUUUCCCGAAAAAUCCUCUUCGAGAGUGGGCACAAUGGCGUGUCUUCAAUACAGCGGCACAGAAGAGCUGAAUGCAUGCAACUGCGGGGAAGCAUGAAACUACGCAAAGUGCUUCCAUAAAUAAAGUGAUAUAAAAAUACUUCCGUCUCAUGAAGAAUCGUAACCAUAGUACCUUGCCGAACGAGACAUAUACACAAGUUGUUGGGAUGGAGAUGAAAUGUAAAAGUGCGUUUUUCGUGGGAAUUCCAAGGGAAUUAGUCUACAUCCAGUAAAUUUCUCGCUUACUUUCCAUUUGCUUAUCAUCACAGGAUCUGAAAUUUCGUGUUCUUUUGGCCCAAUAAUUAAAUAUGGAUAAAGCAAAUUAUCAUCAAAAUGCCCCAUCGUAUAUAUCUGCUAGUUACUUUGCCUAUUUUAUUGUCCAGUACAUAUCAUAACGCGAGUGAGUUCAUUUCUUUUGCACGCAAUGAAUCUUCUGCCUCCCAGCUUUGAAGAAAUAUAAAUUACACAGGCAAUUCAAACGAAAAUUUGCAUUUAUUUUCGCAAGCAUGUUCUAACAGAAUUUACAUAAACCAUUGAGAAGAAAAAGCAAUCUGUUAUCUAUGUUCUGCUGGUUUACUUGCAUUGUUCAGUACUAUAAUCGUUUGAUAAUUAAUAUUCCCUCUGUUGACCUAUUCGAGUUGAAUUUUGAAACUUCCGAGGCAUAAUGUGAGCACUCACACUCUCUUUGGAAGGCUUAGGUUUCUUCAGCUUAUUAAGCAAAGAUAAUUUUUUUAAAAACCUUGUUAUUCACUGUGUAUAUAUUAUAUCUAUACCUAAAUAUGCAUAUAUAUCUCUCUGUACAUUUGCAGAUAUAGGUGCAUAAAUAUCGACGUUAUAGAUGAGGAUUGCAAGAUAAAAAAUGAAUGCAUGCAGAAACCUAUCAAAACAUUUGCCGCAUAUUACUUCGAUGAAUAGCAAAUAACAAAGAACAAAAACGAAAUGAAAUAUUCAGCUCAAUUAGAAAAUGUUUCACGACGAAUCUGCCCACAAACAAGUAAUGGGGGGCAUUUUGAUUACAUAGCCUUAGCCGAAACAUUCUAAAUCUCUAACCCCCGCAUAAAAUAGUCCAAUGUGGAAAUCUGGUGGAAAGAUGCCUAUUUCACCAUCCUCGAAAGAAAUGUCCAUCAAUUUAAUCGAAUGUUCAGGGUAGACUGCAUUUCAGGGGGUUUUAUUUCCUCUCGCCAUCUUCCUGUUAACAACGUAACAGGGGAUAAUUAGAAAGGAGAAAGGGUGCUCGCCAACUUGAGAGCGUUCUCGAGGUUGGUUCAGUAGAAUGGCUGCCGUGGACAUCUAAGGCCGUAGUAAAAAUAGUCUAUGUUUAUAUGCCUUAGUACCUCUAGAUCACUGAAACCAUUAUGCAGCCGUGUACAAUCUCUUUUAUAGGCUUGGAACAAAAUAAAUGCAGUAUCAGCGUGUCGUGUUUUAGAGCUAAUAUAAUGAUGUAAGUUAUAUCCAUUUCGACAUUAUUUGCCAAGCACACAAGACACAAACAUAUACAAGGAAGAAGCAUAUAUGAGCCUAGCACGUUGGAGGAGGAGUUAGGAAGUUGUCUGUCAUUAUAGGAAAUUCAGUGUGGUGUGCUGCAAUAAAAUAAUAUGACCGUUGUAAAAGUUUAUAGGGUAUAAAUUUCUGAAGGUUAAGAAUUGAAUGUCUGCAAAACAAACACAGCAAAGGGAAAACUUUCAGAACCUAUUAAAUUAAACUCACAACUGGAGGUGCCAAGCCAUAAAAACAUGGCUUUGCGUUUUACUUCUGAGAGGAUGCAUAUUGUAACAGUUUUUUAAGGGAAAAUCUUGGUGAAUAUUGUGGUGUAACCAACAUGCAUUUUAGACUCUAAAGCAAGCGACGCCCUCUUUUGUUCUACUUCCUAACCAUUUCAGGCUGCCAGAAAUUGCUGCAAUAAAACCCUAUACAGAGUCUGGCGAGACGUCUGGAGCAGGGUCUUUGGAUGUGUUUACAACUCCGCGCCCAUGCCUGGGACUUAAUUCUAAAGCAGAAUGCCCAAUUGUUUAGACUCCGACUCGGAGACAAUAGAGUUUUGAAAGCUUUCUUUCCCUCUUUUUUCUUAUUCUUCUCCUUCUUUACUGUCCUUCAAGAAUUCAGGGUGUUAGCAAUCCGUUGCAGCACAGUACCAAAGAUGUGGUAUUUUGGCAAUGCCUCGAUUGUAUUUGUCGGUGAAAUUGAAGAGAUUAUACCUUCUUUCUUUGCAACCGUUUGGGUCCAAUGAUUUCUUUGAAGUCUAAUGUUAUACAUUGCGCAUAUUUUCUCAUGCUUUUUCACGGUUGUUUUAAAAGUCCCAAAGAUUCACCUUACUUCCAGUAGGUGGCAGCAUUGUUCCACCAAACUCAAUCAUUGAGCUGCUGCAGCUCUUCUGCCGACCCGAGAUUCAAUAGCUGCAACGUACGUGUUAGAAACAUACAGCUUUCCUCGGUCCCCGGAUUUUUCCAUCAAAUUGUUUAACAAUUAUGCCUUCAUUUUAAAAUGCUCUCCUUUGCAUUUAGCUCCCUCCAUUCAACUAUUUUCCAAAACACCUAAUAUCACUUAUGUUAAUUUGAAAUGUACUCUAAUUGCAAUUUGUUUAUUUGGGCCAGAAUUUAUGCAGUUGCAUUUUAUCCACACUAUGCUAUAAACCCGAGAAGAUAACAGAACAAAUAAGUCUGUCCAUUUACGGGGGCAUUGUCCACACUUUGAGGCUAAUGUCAAUAAAUAAAGAAAACGGUUCAAUUACGGAAAAAUCGCGAGGUUUGUUGCACUUGGGCAAUAUGUAAAGUGCCAGGCAUUCACACUUUUAAAUAUACAUUCACACAACUAAAUGCCUAACAAGCUGUGGAUCUGAUUCGCAGUUGGCUGCUUUCAAAGGAUACAUGUAUUGGGAAAGCAAUUUUUUGUACUGUUUAUUUAUGGACAUCAGUUAUGUCGAAAAAUGUUAGAAGCGUACAUUGAAAUUUCUGGAUACUUAGCUUCCAAAUGAACUUUCAAACCUGUUAUAUUUCUCACAUCCCAGUGCACAUGUCUUUAGAUUGAAUCCAUCCUGGGCUGCUGUGCAUAUAUUGAUUAUCGUUUGAGUGACUGUCUUCCUUUCAACAAACUGUGCGCCACAUAUUCACAGGAUAAUGGCCAUCUGUAUGGACAUUUCUUUCUGACAGGUUUCCAGACCUUGCUGAUUUAUUCUUUCUCAGGUUUUAUUGAUUUUAUUUUAUCUCUACCAUUUAGGUUACCACCCUCUUUUCAGUUUCUUCCCCUAUUUAAAUCGAGCUGUACUCUUUUUUCACCAUAAACAAAACGACUUAUGUAACCGUAUCAUGGAAUAGGAGUUUCACGGAACUGAACAGUCUGCAACCUCAUACAUAAAAGAACCUGGAAUUUCACCCAGAUGAAGGCAAAGCUUUACUUCAAUAUGAUUGGCUUUUCGUUCUGUCUCCAUCACUGUUCACAUUAGUUUCAUUUCUGUCUUUAUUUCGCUUUCCUGCAUGAAUACUUUUAAAGUAACGAGUUGCUUAUAAUUUCACUUGAAAAUAAUUUAAAAGAAAGUAGAGAAAAGUCAAAAUCUUUGGUGGAAAUUUAUUUUUUGACUCUGUAAAGUUUUCACACGAUUCUCCAAAGAACUAAAGACGCGUGAUUAGGUAAACGUACAAAAUAAACAAGAUUAUCAUUUUACAAUUGGAAUCCCGCGCACUAAUGCGCAAAUUAAUGGAAAUACUUGGUGUGUGGAUAUCUUCUAUUUCCACUCUGUGCUUUUACAUCAUGUAAAUCUUACGAAGAUAACGGGUUUCUAUAAAUUUCAGCUUAAACUGUAGAGCAAUAACUUGUGUCAGCUUAAAGUAUCAAAAAGGUGUAUACUUAUUGAGGAAUAAUAAUUUGGAUGAACAAAUAGAUGAACAUAACCAUAAUAUUUGUACAACCAAUUUUCUGCAUCAGUCAUAGGUUAUGUAUGAAUGAAGAAUGAAACUAAAGGAUCAAUUAUAAAACUUGUAAUGUUAUACCUCGCUGUGAUGUUCCAUAUUUAUCGGAAGAGUAGAAUAUUUAAACGUGAGAAUCUGUUUCGAUUGCUAGCAGAAGAGAAAUGGAAGGAAAACCCUCUGGAAACAAACAGUAACUAAGGGGCGUUUAUUUUCUUUGUAGACUUGCAACUGCCUUUGGAAUAUUUUUAAAAUGUCUUUACAUUUAUGAUAGGUACUUGAAAUAUCACAUUAAGCUCUGUGUGUCUGUCAUAUGUAUGCAAAAUAUACGUGCAGCGAGAUUUAUAGAGGAGAUUUACAAAUUAUACUCAGAAUAUGUGAACACAUUUAUAGUUAAACUUAGGAAAUGUAUUUGAAUGCUUUCCAACAAAAUGGAAAUACGCCCAUACAAUGAAUCACGUUGCUGAUAAAGAGAUUAACCGCAUUAAAACACGAAGAAAAACAAUAUUAAAUGCGCAAUGCAGAUGUAUCACUGCCUUAGAACCAAAUAAAGCAAACACGUGGGUCGUCACGGACCGGACAGUCUGCAAGUUAUAGACUUUGUUUACUUCUGUGGUCAGAAAUUGUUUCUUCCCCCUUAAAAUCUCACAGACGUGUCAGUUGAUGAAGCAAUUGGAAAAUGUAGGAACUAGCUGAUCAUCUCUUAAAUGUUUCUGUGACAAUCCAAUGGUUGAUUAAGAAUGUGGAUUGUCCAUGUUGCAGUAAUAUUAGAUGUUUAAGUAUUUUUAUUGGUUUAAAUGGCACUCCAGACCUGUUCUAUUUAACGCUGGCACGGUUGUGCCAAAUUUCAAAAGAAUCUAAACGGUUGUAUGACCAAGUACCACCACUAGAAACGAAAGUAAAAGCUAAAAUGUAAUCGGAACGUUGUUCUUUAAACUUCAGAGAGAAAAACGAAAAUAACAUUUAAAGAUUUUCAUCUGAGUUAAAGUAACCCGGGGCACCUAUGGAGACAGGGAACAAACUUUUCAAGAGGAGCCUUUCGAUUAAUUAUUAAACAAUUGGUUCCACUCAUUCCUAUUUUGAACAAUGCUUUUUUUUUCAGAAGGCCACAGCCACUUAUAGAGGAAAAGAAUAAAAUAUUAACUUUCAUAAAUCGUUUCUUUUUGUUUUGGCAAAUUGAUGAGGUUUUUUCACGUUCCAGACUUGUAUUAUCUCAAUGAUCUUAUUCAGCAUUAUUUGAUCAGUUGACAAUAUUUCACAGGCUGCACGUGCACAAAGUUAAUAAAAUGUUCUUAUCAGUGUGAUUUGCUACUUUAUUACCACAGCUGCACACCAACUUUGGGUCGAUGAUACUUUUACAAUGCCACUGCGUUAAUUUCCUUGCCAGCUGACGUAUCCCAUAAUAUUAUGGAAGGGUGGAAAUCUGUAACCCAAGAAUUCCCACUAUUUCUGCAACCCAGACUUUUUAGAAGCUAUAUUUGAACACCAUGCUUUUGUAUUUUUUAAAAUAACACAUUAGGGAUUGACAAAUUAACAAUGGGUUAGAUGGUUGACAAUGGUUAACGAAGGACCAGAUACUUCAAAGAUGCACUUCAGUGUAGGAAUAUGCAAAGUUAAAAUGCUGAUUUAAGUUACUUAUGUUAGCUAUGAUUGUACUCGGAUGGAUUUGCAUUGAUAAUAAACACCCAAAGGUCUUAUUUAGACUUUUCAUUGACCGAGUUCUAUUCUGAUUAACUUUUAUACUGUGGAGGUAGAAAUUCUUUUGAUGUGGAAGCAUCUUGUGGUUAUAAAUAGACAUUCCGAGUACUAUCCCCCCAAAAAUUGUGAGAAUUGAAUUGCGGGAAUAGAUUUAGUAAGCUUCGGGAGAUCUGCCAAGGUGAGACAGAUCGAAUGUAAAUUAUUUUGUCUACUUCAUAAAAUCGAACUAUCAGAUACAUUUCAUAGUAAACUGGCUCGGCGUGACAACAUUGGCUUCCUUAUCAGUUCAGGAAAUACCUUGCUUUCAAUUGUCACAGAUAAACCAAUGAGCUCAAAAAUAAUGCAGAUUCGCUAUCAGUCAUUAUUGUGGCGUUUCGUUAAUGGUUUAAAACUAAAUGGUCAGUUUCAAAAUAUGAACAGACAUUGCAAUAGUUUUGCGUAACUUUAUACUCGAUUUUGGAAUGCAGUUUGCACAUUAUUUCAACUAUUAACACCCGUGCAUAUAUACGAAAUAGCCGCAUAGAGUUUUCUGAUAUGGAGAAGAUCUUUUCGAGGGAAGUUCAUGCGCGCCUUUACUGAGCUCUGAGUUAUCUCAGAACUUUGCACCUUUAUUUGGAAGCGCUGCGCUGGCUUUCACUCGAAACCCUUUCCAUCUGGAUUAGAAAGUAACAGUCUUUAAAUGAGGUUGAAUAAGAUGUGUGGUAUUAUUGUCCAAUAACAAAUAGUCCGCAAUAUUUUUACAACAGGAACAUUAUUUUGUGUAAAAGCGGUUCAUAUUUAAAGUAGCAAGCGGAAUGGGGCGCUAGCUUCGCAAAAUCCAUGUUUUACUGCUCCGCGCAGAGCCUCUCGUAAAAACUCUAACUGCCGUUCACUGCAUGUUAUAAACAAUAACAGGCUGUGCUUUUAUUACGCGUUAUAGUUCCUUAAUCUCUUUCCUAUAGUUCUCAGAUGACUGUUACUGUUCUAGGGUCCGUCCAAGUACCAGUUAUAAAGCUUUAUUAAUAAUAGGAGAACGGUUCAUUAAAUUGUUAAAUACUACUAGAUUUCAAAAUUCUUUCAGAUGAAACUUAAAAACAAUCAAAUAAUUUGCUUUUGUAUGCCAUUGGACCUGUCGCUACACUGCAAUAACUUGGGAGAAAAAAUAGCAAUUAGAUCCACAGUUGAUAGUAAUUAGAUUUUCGGAGUGGUACAGUACUUCCAUGUCUUGUUGAUGUAACUCUGACCUUUAAAAGAGACGCAUAUUCUCAUUAAAUGGUUUGGAAAUUAACGUCUGAAUGUCUAUCCUUUACUUCACAACAGCGUGGAUACUUCCCCUUAUCAAUCUUUUGGUGGCGUAUGUAUUUCAUCUGUUGUAAAGCGGCUGAUAUCCCGGUAAUGAACAUGGUUGAAUAUAUUAAUCCGCAUAUUCCCCCCUCUCUAUCUUUCCCUCAUUCCCUCUCUCUCGCACCAUUCCCUUUUCACACGGUGCAGUGUCCGUACGGAGUAAGCGAAGCCAAUAGGACGUGGUUGAGGUAAUAAAUGCAAAUUAUCAUGAAAAGAGACGGCAAAAUAUGAAACAACUCAUUUGGGCUGAAGUAAAUCACAGAAAACUGUUUAUGAGUGAGCCUCUUCACGAAGAUGUGAUGCCAGGACACUAUUUGUUGAGAUCAAUAAGAUGAAGGCUUAAUUUUUUUUUAAAAAUCUUGGCUUGUUUGCUUGUCUGAUUACCAAACACUAAGUUCCAUUUGUUGAACAGAAAGAUCUUAGUCCUUCCCAAUGAGCUCCUACUUUGUCAAUUCGUUGUUUUCCAAGUAUAAAAGUGGGGAGACGCUGCGCCCCAAUUAUUAUGACUGUGGUUUCACCCAGGACCUUGGCGGCAGACCCACCGUGGUUUAUGGACCCGGCACCGGGGGCAGCUUCCAACAUCCCGGCCAGAUCCAGGAUUUUUACCACCACGGCGCCGCUACCCUCUCCACCUCCGCCUACCAGCAAAAUCCGUGUGCGGUGACGUGUCACGGGGAUGCCGGCAGUUUCUACGGCUACGAUGCUCUGCAAAGACAGCCAAUUUUCGCUGCCCAACAAGAGGCCGAACUGAUCCAAUAUCCCGACUGCAAGUCGACGGCUACCAACCUAGGAGAAGAAGCAGAGAUUUCAGACCAGAGUUCAUCCCCGACACAGCUGUUUCCGUGGAUGAGACCGCAAGUAGCUGCAGGACGGCGCAGGGGAAGACAAACAUACAGUCGCUAUCAGACACUAGAACUUGAAAAAGAAUUUUUGUUCAAUCCAUAUCUGACUCGCAAAAGGCGGAUCGAAGUGUCACACGCCCUGGGACUGACCGAGAGACAGGUCAAAAUUUGGUUCCAGAACAGACGAAUGAAAUGGAAGAAGGAAAAUAACAAAGACAAGUUUCCCAGCAGUAAAUCCGAAAUUGAGGAAACUCCAAAGGAGAAGGACGUGAAAGAAGACGAAGGAAAAGAUUAAUAACAAAAUAAUAUUGAUACUUUACCACACCAGAGGUUAAUCCGAGGGAAAAAGGAAAAAAAAGUAGACAGUUUUUAAAUAGUGCGGGUGCGAGAAGCAGAACAAAUUUUCCUGUUUACUGUUUGAUACACAGGAUUGUGUGCAAAUGAUGGAGGUGCAGAUUAAAAUGAGUACUUCAACUUUUUACCAGCUAUAUACCUGUGGUUGUGUAGCACUCUAGCUGUAAUAAGUGAAUUCUUGUGAAAGUAUUUAAUGUGAAGUUCAUAGAUCAAUGUUCUAGUGUGUCUGUGUCUUUUGAAAUACUGCUGUAGAAUAUUUAAGCCGUGUGCACUACUUCAGCUAAUAACCAUUAGCUUUAAGGAAAAUCCCGACAACAUGAAGCUGCCUAUUUAAGCUUUAGCGAUUUUAGAUUGUGUUAUUGUUUACGGUCUUUGCUGUAUUUAUAUUAUUGCUUUCUCCCCAAAUUGGCAUGUGCAGACGUAACGACUUUUUUAAAAAAAAUCAAAACAUGAGGAAACUGGUCUUUAAGCUUUAACUGUGAGAAAAGUCUACUGUAUACGUGAAUUGCUUUAUUUAGGGGAGGUGGGGGUGGUGGGAAUGAAGGACUGGUGAUGCAUUAAUGUUAUAGUCGAGAUUGGGCUAUUGUUUGAACAUGCAAGCGGCGGAAAAGGGUACAAUAAACUUUACAAGCGAAAACAGAACUGUGAAAUUGCUCGGCUUCUUUUCUAAGUAGAAUUUAUUUGAAUGAGGAGAUUUGGCAGAAAGAAAUUGCAUAUAUUGUGCAGUCUGCAAACAGACAGAUGGAUGGAUAAUAUUGUUGAAAACUGAGCAUUAAAUAUCAAUAAGACAUUGCAAUCGCACCUGA